AUGUAUUUCUCUAUAUCGCCUUCGGCGCCAUCCACGUCUUACUCCACAGCCUCAGCUAUUGAUAUCCCAUCCUCUGGUUCAAGAACGAGUCAGGCCUCGUGUGCUUUCCCUUCUUGGCCACGCCGUUCUUCUCUGUCGAGCAACACGAGCGCAGAUGAAGAAUAUCACAACCACAGUUUCAUAAUCUCGGAUGAGGAACUAUUCCCAUCUGUAUUCGACGACCAAGACUGCACACCUCCCGCGACACCAAGCUCAACCACAAGCCGGUCGCCAGCGUCGCCGAUGUGCGAGCAGCAGAUUGUCGUAGACCAUGGAUCGAUAAUGCGCGAUCUGAUCGAACAAGAAAAGGCAAAGAGGGAGAAGAGGGAGCGCAAACGACGCCGGAGUGGAAAUUCAAAGAAGUCGCGAAGUGUAAGCGGCUCAGAUAGACAUAUGAGUCCGAUUCAAGAGGCAGUGGAAUGA